AUGUUAAAACGACUUCAUGAGGAUCAAAACGUUUUUUAUCGUAUUGAUUUGUGGAAUCAAAAACCAUCUUUUCAGAGUUUAGUCAAAGAAACAAAUAAACAAAUAGAUAAUUUAAGAAAUUUAAAAAAUAAAUUUAAAUAUGGUGAUGAAAAAAAAUUACAAGCCGAUGAAAAACAUUUAUCUUUUCUCGGAUUUACUAAAAAUCCUAGAUUAUAUCCUAAAAAUUGUUGGACCAAUACCACAUUGCCAAUUAUUAUCACAAUAUUAUUCGCAGGAGAUAAAAAUGAAGGAGUUGGUUUUGCCAAAAAUAUUGCUCAUAUGGCCAGCAAUCAUGCUGCUCUCAUAUAUACAGUCGGACUUUCACAAUCUGAAUUACAAGUAUUUACACCCUAUUGCAAUACAUCACAAUGUCAGAUAGUCAAUUUUAAUUUAAACAUAUUUCCAUCUCAUGUUCAGGAUGACCCAGUCAAAACUGUCAAAGCUUUAAUUAUUCAAGAUGCAUUAAAUAAAGCAGGAGGAAUUUUAUAUUUAGAUAAUAAAUUUAGAAUUAGUAAUUUUAUUGAACCUUUGAUCGAUAUCAAACCCAUUGGAACAUUUGUUACAAAACAGGCUGUGACAACUGUAACACAUCCGAAUAUGAUUUCUUAUUUUAAGUCAAGUGUUGAUAGUUUUUUAUUUCUACCAAUGGUCGAUACAAAUCGAUUAAUUUUGUGGAACACAUUAAAAAUUCAUAAUCAAAUCAUGCUACCUUGGAUACAAUGUAUUUUAACUCCAGAGUGUGUUCAUCCUAUAGGAGCUCAAUCUCAGGGUUGUCGUUUUAACAAAAGACCUCAAUAUCGUUAUUCAGGAUGCCAUGCUUAUGAUGAUUCCGCAUUAAAUGUUAUUUUAGGAUUGGUUUAUAAUUUUGAUGAAACAAAUUACACAUUUCCUUUUUCUGAUACAUAUUUUGUUUUAUCAUCAACUCUAGACAAUUCAACAUUAAUUUAA